UUUCGCAUCAGUGUAUGGAAGAUAAACAGAGGAAAGUUGUAUAAAGAACCAACCUUUAAUUAUCAGCUGAAAACAAUAGAGCCUACCGCUUUUAACAGCACGUCGUUGAUCAGUGUAUAUUUUGGAUACAACAAUUUUCGAUUUGACAAGACCAAUAACAAGAACGCUAGGUUUAAUGCAGAACAUAUAUUUAAACACUCGCCGUCAUUACAACUUUUAGAUUUAACGAAUAACUACCUGCCGUCUGACAAAACUACACUAGUUCUGAUGUUUGGUCAUUUGGAUGAGCUGAAAUAUUUGAUUUUACAAGCGGUAGGUUUGAAAGAACUUCAUCCUAACUUUUUUAGAAAUUUGACAUCCUUAGAGAAAAUAAAUCUUGAAGGAAAUUUCAUAAAUUCUUGGGCGCCAGACACUUUUGCUAGUAUGCGUAGCAUAAAGUAUAUAAACUUAAGAAAUAAUUUGAUACAUGCACUGAACAAAUCAUCUUUACCUGAAAACAUUUUGCACCAACUAGAAAAAUUGGACCUUGCAAAGAAUCCAUUUACUUGUACAUGUGACCUCAUGUGGUUCAGAAACUGGAUUCGAACAACAAAAGUAGACUUGUCCUCAGCUUUUCCACGAGCGUACACGUGUAAUUUUCCUGCUGAAAUGCGAGGUCGAUUAGUUAUUAAAUACAAUCCAACCCAAGAGAGUUGCGAACAAUCUGAUCCGUUUAUAGUAAUCGCAAUAAUUUUGUCUUCAUUUGCAUUUUUGGUGAUAAUUGUAAUAUUAUUAGCUUACAAGGGUCAUACCUAUAUAAGGAACUAUUGCUAUAUUAUGCGAUUGCGUAGACUUCGAAAACAGGGAUAUUUACGUCUUAACAAUAGUGAUGAUUUUGAAUUCCAUGCGUUUGUAGUGUACUGCGAUGCUGAUAGGGAAUGGGUUCAUAGUGAGUUCAUCACACGACUGGAAAAUGAAAGUAUUAAAUUAUGUGUUCAUCAUCGUGAAUUUGAUCCGGGAGUCCCAAUCACAGAAAACAUAGACAAGUAUAUGAACAAAUCAUGGAAAGUUGUGAUUAUAAUGAGUAACGAUUUUGCUAGAAGCGAUUGGUGCCAAUGGGAAUGUGAUUAUGUUCAAGAAAGAAGACGUCGACAAGGAAAAGAUGCAUGUGUUCUAAUCAUGCUGAAGGCGAUUGAUGCAUAUCAUAUGACCAGUGGUAUACGGUCCUUGUUGCAUACAACGCCGUACCUACGCUACAAGAAAGGCAUAGGGGAAGCUUUGUUUUGGCAAGCAGUGCUGAAUACUCUUAGAAGACCACUUAGUGUGCCACCUAUGGCCAUUUAAUAUGUCCAUGGAAAGUGUAACGAUUAUUCAUCUUCUGUUGUUAAUUGUCAUUUCCGUGAAUAACACGUUCCGUUGACUCCUUAAACAUUAACAUAAACUUUGUUAUCAUAAUUGUUUUAUUGAUAAAAUUUAUAAUUAUACUGUUGUCAUUUAGUCAUGAGUCUGGUAUUUUGUAAGCUAAAUACCAAUUCGCUGAUUUUUAUAGUUUAAAAUAAAACUACAAUGUUUUUUUAAUUUUUUUUUUAUAUUGAACAAGAUGCUGUCAACCAGCACUAGUACUGCUCAUAACAUUUCUGUACGAAAUAAACACCAGACAUUAUUUUAAGUAGUACAUCUAGUUUUUUGUUAAUUUGUUGACAAUUGGCGUAUAAAAAUGUGAUGCAUGCAUAAUUAAGGAUAAUACUAGUACCUGAUUUGUAUGAACUUAAACUUUAGUUAAAAGAUUUAGAAAGCUGUGAAAAUUGAAACAAGAUAUGGUUGAUUAGAUAGGGGUUUUGAAUUGGUGGUCGGACACCUGUAGACUAUGAUAUUAUCAUAACAGAAAAGUAUGUAAGUUCUUUGAGCAUGUUUUCCUAAACUAUGAGCAUUCUACGAUAUUUGUUUUUGAUUUUGUACUUUUACUUUGUAUUUUGUUGUCUGUUAUACCGAUAUCACAUAUAGCAACGCAUUUCCUUGUAUUAACAUUUAGUUUUAACUUUGUACUUUGUAUAUUUGUUGUCUGUCAUAUCGGUAUCAUAUAGCAAGGCGCGUUUCCUGUAUUGAUUUUCAUUAUAAUUGUAUAACUUUCUUCUGUGUAUCUAUUAAUAUUGUGUUAACUUUGUACUUUGUAUUUUUGUUGUAUGUCAUAUCGGUAUCAUAUAGCAUUGCGUGUUUCCUGUAUUGAUUUUCAUUAUAUAAUUGUAUAACUUU